CAGCCACAGGAGGAGGAGGAGGAGGAGGAGGAGGAGGAUGAAGCUGCGCAGCUGAUCUCAGUUCAGCGCCUCGGAGCUGAAGCUGCAAACUUUCGGAUGUUUUUACCGGGCUGGAGCUUUUUCCUCAUCUUUGCAGACGUCCCGUCCCGCCUCCACCAUGAGUGACAUCUACGAGUCGGCGGCCAACUCUCUGGGUCUGUUCAGCAGCCCCUGCCUCACCAAGGUGGAGCUGCGCCUCACCUGCAAAGGGAUCUCAGACCGGGACGCCCUGUCCAAACCCGACCCCUGCGUCAUCCUCAAGAUGAAGUCCCACGGCCAGUGGAUGGAGGUGGACCGCACCGAGGUGAUCCGCAGCUGCGUCAACCCCACCUACUCCAAGGUUUUCACCCUGGACUUCUACUUCGAGGAGGUGCAGCGUCUGCGCUUGGAGCUGUACGACAUCAACAGCGGCCACAACGGGCUGAAGGAGGCCGACUUCCUGGGCUCCGUGGAGUGCACGCUGGGACAGAUCAUCUCCCAGAGGAAGCUGACCAAAGCUCUGCUGCGGCCCGGCGGAACCGUCGGGAAGGCCAUCAUCACGAUCUCAGCAGAGGAGCUGACGGGCAACGACGACUACAUCGAGCUCUCCUUCAGCGCCAGGAAGCUGGACGAUAAGGACUUUUUCAGUAAAUCUGAUCCGUUCCUGGAGAUCUACCGAGUGAACGACGACGCCACCAUGCAGCUCGUCUACAGGACAGAGACGGUCAUGAAUAAUCUGAAUCCUGUGUGGAAAACCUUCAAAGUCUCUCUGAACUCGCUCUGCAGUGGAGACCAUGAGCGGAAGCUGCAGUGCACCGUGUGGGACUGGGACUCCAACGGGAAGCACGACUACAUCGGCGAGUUCGAGGCCUCGUUCACAGAGAUGAGAGGAGCCAUCGACGGGCGGCAGGUGCAGUGGCCGUGCAUGAACCCCAAGUACAAAGUCAAGAAGAAGAACUACAAGAACUCGGGGAUCGUCAUUCUGAACCAGUGCAAGAUCAUCAAGAUGCACUCCUUCCUGGAUUACAUCAUGGGAGGCUGCCAGAUCCAGUUCACCGUGGCCAUCGACUUCACGGCGUCUAACGGCGACCCGCGGAACAGCUGCUCUCUGCACUACAUCCACCCGUUCCAGCCCAACGAGUACCUGAAGGCCCUGGUGGCCGUGGGAGAGAUCUGCCAGGACUACGACAGUGAUAAAAUGUUCCCGGCGUUCGGCUUCGGAGCGCGCAUCCCUCCCGACUACAAGGUCUCCCACGACUUCGCUGUGAAUUUUAACGAAGACAACCCGGAGUGUGCAGGCAUUCAGGGCGUGGUGGAGGCCUACCAGGCCUGCCUUCCCAAGCUGCAGCUCUACGGUCCCACCAACAUCGCCCCCAUCAUCCAGAAGGUCGCCAAGUCCGCCUCCCAGGAGGUCCACACCAAAGAGGCCAUGCAAUACUUCAUCCUGCUGAUCCUGACCGACGGCGUCAUCACCGACAUGUCCGACACCAGGGAGGCCAUCGUCCAGGCCUCCCAUCUCCCCAUGUCCAUCAUCAUCGUCGGCAUCGGGAACGCCGACUUCAGCGACAUGCAGAUGCUGGACGGGGAUGACGGGAUCCUCCGGUCGCCCAAAGGAGAACCCGUCCUCCGGGACAUCGUCCAGUUUGUCCCGUUUCGCAGCUUCAAACAUGCCUCUCCAGCCGCCCUGGCCAAGAGCGUUCUAGCAGAAGUGCCCAACCAGGUGGUGGACUACUACAACAGCAAGGGCAUCAAGCCCAAAGUGCCCAGUGAAUACCAGUCUUCCAGGUCCUUUGGGCCCUGAACCGCUCCCCCAGCUGCCCCGUGCAGACCCCCCCCCCUCCUCACCAUGUUUACUGUCUUAGUUCUUUGUGAAGGCGGAUGCUAAAGGUGAUGCACGCAGCAUUUAACCACGACGCCACCGGUCUGACCCGGUCCACAUGCUACACCUCUCAUUUCACUGUUGCUGGUCCAGUACCUGGGCUUUCCAGAACGUUUGGGUCAAGUAAUGCCCCCCCCCAACCUCGUCUGUGGUGGAGCUGCAGUCAGGUGGAGGUGAUGUUCAGAGCUCAUGGUCUCCACCAGCUGCCUGAUCCUGUCCAUGGAGGACUUCCUGCCUCUGAGAACGUCUCCAGGAGCGUCAGAUUCCUGACGGUCCAGAGACCUUUAAGGCUGAACUAACGAAGGUUCUGGCUGCAGGAGUCGCCUUCAGGUUCUGGUGAAGAAAUUCCUGCAUUUAUUCCCCCGCUGUGGAACGUAGCAGACUAGACCAUGAAAGCCAUGGUCUUCAGAUUCCUACGUUGGUUCUUUUUAAGGCGGUUCUGGUUCUGGUCAGUCAUGUCUGGAUGGUUACCAGAGGUCCAUCACACGGCCGUCCCCAUCUCAGAACGCCUUUCCUGUUGCCAGUUUCUGCAGCUGUCAUGUUUCCGGGUCGAUCCAGAAACUGGAACCGCAGUAACUGAGGUCCAGGUUCUGCUCCAUUAGAGGUUCAUACAGCAGAAGUUCUGCCUCCAUCUCACCUGGUCCAUCAGAUUCUCCUUCAUGGGAGCUCCAUGGUCCCUCUCCUCUUGGCAUGGUGACCUUGGUUGUCCUCCAGGCAUAAAGCACCAGAACCAACAUCUCCAUCUGCUCCAGCUCUUCAGAUUACUGCCUGUUGUUGUAGAAGCUUCAACCCAAGGAGCUCCACCUUGAGGACUUCUGCUCCGUCCAUCUUCAGAGGAAGGAGCUCAGAGCAGAUCCCUAAUGUCUCUCAGCCUGUCCCAGUGAGAGACCAGUGUUCUGGUGCCGGUUGGACCCCCCCUGCAGCAGGAACAUGAGAAAACUCUGUUAUUGUCCCAGAAUGGUGGAACCAGACUGAAUCCUUCAUGAAGACAGCUGAUCUAAUGUGAAGUCAGGAAGCUGUCAGAGUUUUUCUCCUUUAAAGUAGAUAACUGAGUCCAUGAUGGAGACACGCAGGAGAACAGCUCCCUGCAGCACCUUUAGCGUCCGCCUGCAUGCCGGGCCGGCGCCGGCCGAGCACAUCGUCUUCAGGGCCUUUAUGACGUGAAAAGCACACAAACAGAACCGUGAGCGCUCCAAACGCUGCUUCCCUGCAGACAGCAUGCCGUGCAGGGAAGCAGCGAUGACGAAUGUACCCCCCCGGUGUUUUUAUAAGACUAUAUUAGGGUUUUGCUAAAUUUCGUAACGUUGGUAUAUUGCAAAGCGUCUUGGAUGUCUGUCAGAUGAGAAGUGAGCUGCCUUUCUCAAACUGAGGCAGAUGCAUGAGGUGUUGUCUGCAUGCAAAGCUCCACGCUGGCCUCCUGGUGCCCGUGGUUCCUGCUAGUUUCCUCAGUAGUGACUUAAUGAGGUAAUAAUGAUGUUUACAGUGAUCAGGCUGCUCUUCUCUCCAGCAUGAAGCCGUGUGAGUAGAUUUAAAAGCACAAACUGAGUAUCUUUGCAGAAAUGUUUAGGCUAGAUUCUGCCGUCUUUGUGCCGUUGACACCUGUCCUACCUGAUCCACCGCAGCAAGGCCAGACCUGACGUACCGGUCUCUGCUCAGAACCUUUCUGUUCUGACAUUUUUAAUAAAGACAUUUACAGGAAGUCACAACGAUCAUCAUCAGUCCGUCAGCGUUGGAUUUUAGACUCGCUGUGGACCUGGUGAGGCGUUCAGGUCCUCCAGGAGGGAUGGAGUAGAUGCAUCGGCCACCAGAGCACGGUUGGCUUCAGUCCUCCUGAUUCACAGGAAUAAAUUACAUCAGCAGAUGUUAGUCUAGAUUUGGAGGAUUCUCCAGGAAUGUGAAGGUGGUUCUGGAGCUGAGAGAUGUCUGAGGUCUGCAGGGCAGAGACCAGGAAGUCCUGAUCUCCUUCAUUUUGCCUCAUCUUCCUCCUCCUCAUCUUCACUCACCGUCUGUGAAAAGUAUUCACCCCCGUGGAUGUUUUCCUCUUUGAUGUUCAGCACAAUUUGUUUCCUUUGGACAGAAAAAACUAACUUUUACAAACUAGUAUAAAAUGUGGGUUUGCAUCAAUGUUCACCCUUUAAAUGACAAAUGGCCUAAAUCUCUUCACAUCCACCUGCUGAUGGUCAGCAACAUCUGCCUUGUUUUAGUUUCUGUUUUUGCAAAUCCUCAUUUAAAGGAUUUUUAUCAUGUUUUCAUGCAUGAAAGCUAAGAAGGUUUGAAACAGCCAUGGGGUGUGAAUACUUCCUGCAGGCACCGCAGCAGAACCUUAAACCUGCUGAGUCAGGGUCUGAGGAGAGUUGAAUUUAAAAUCAGCAAAUUAUGUUUUUCUCUUGUAUUUCUGGUCUUUUGCAUGUAAAACUAUUUCUCCAACAUUUCCAUCUGCAGCACUGAAACCACCAACGUUUGACUUUUGUUGUUAUAUUUUAUGAUUUUUGGUCAUUUUAGGUAUUUUGGUUCCAUCUUUUGGACUCUAAAAUCAAAGAUGGUGGACAGGUGUUGAGUCACAUGACUUAUCUUUGUGUUAACAUGCAGUAUUGUGUGCUAAACAAUGAAACCUGACUAAUGGUAAUAAAAGGUUU